CUCUUGACUCUUUUCUGAUGGCUUGAUGCUUGAUGACUUCAAUGAUGCCUCUCAUGUCGUUCUCAUUGUUCUCAUUGUUCUCAUUUUCAUUGUUCUCGCUGUUCUCGUUCUCAUUCUUGCUCUCCCUCGCUCGCGCCGACACCGUCACGUACGACUUCAACAUCUCCUGGGUCUCGGCCAACCCGGACGGCGGCACGCGCCGCCCAACGAUCGGGAUCAACGGGCAAUGGCCUCUCCCUUUGAUCCAGGCGACCCUGGGCGACACCGUGGAGGUGAAUGUGCUGAACCAGCUGGGCAAUCAGUCGACGUCGCUGCACUUUCACGGUCUGUUUAUGCGCGACACGCCGCACAUGGACGGCACGAGCGCCAUCUCGCAGUGUGCCAUUGCGCCGGGCGAAUCCUUCCAAUAUAAAUUCAAAGUCGACCAACCCGGCACAUACUGGUACCACUCCCAUACCCAGGCGCAGUAUCCCGACGGGCUCCGGGGCCCGUUGAUUGUCCACGAUCCCAACGCCCCCUUUGCGGGAGAAUAUGAGCGGGACGUCGUCAUCACCGUGUCGGACUGGUAUCAUCGGCAGAUGGCAGAGCUGUUGCCCGCGUACAUGAGCCAGUCGCAUAUGUUGAUGGAUCCGGUGCCGGACGCGGUCUUGCUCAACGACACGCACGACCUGCGCGUGCCUGUCGGUGGCAGCGGUGGGAAUGGACGCAAGACAUAUCUCUUCCGGCUGAUCAAUGUCGGCGCCCUUUUGGGCCAGUAUCUCGCCAUCCAGGGGCACGAAAUGACCGUCGUGGAAGUCGAUGGCGUCUACACGCGUCCCACACGGGCAAAUGUCCUCUUCCUCGCCGCCGGACAGCGCUGCAGCGUUCUUGUCGAGAUGAAGGAUAUGCCGGACAGGAACUAUCCAAUUGUGACGGAAAUCGAUACCUCCAUGAUCAUGGGCUCCGUUCGCAUCUCGGCCACUGGAUGGCUGGACUAUGGCGCCCAGCACGACGAACAGCCUCGGGGAUUGAACAUCGCCGACGCUCUGGACGAUCUCGCGCUGGUUCCUCUGGAUGAGCAGCCGUUGCUGGAAGCUGAUCGACGUAUCGUUCUGAAUAUGAAUGUCCAGACAAUCGACGGAGCGAAGCACUGGCUAUUCAACGAUUCCCCAUUCAUCCCCCCUACAGAGCCAGUGCUGUAUACCGCGCUGUCGGCAGGAGACAAGGCAGUGCAGCCAACCAGCUACGAGGCAACGAGCAAUGUCUUUGUCCUCGCGGCAAACGAGGUGGUUGAGAUCGUCGUCAACAACAACCAUAUGGGCCGGCAUCCGUUCCACCUGCACGGCCAUCAUUUCCAGCUCCUGCAUCGGUCGGACGACUGGGCAGGCGCAUAUCACGACGAGAUGAAGGCCGUUUCGUCGCCUAUCCGGCGCGACACGGCAAUUGUCAAUCCGGGGGGGAAUUUGGUCAUUCGCUUCAAGGCCGACAAUCCUGGCGUCUGGCUGUUCCACUGCCAUAUGGAGUGGCAUGCUCACUCUGGUCUGAUGGCCACCAUGGUCGAAGAUCCUUUGAGCCUGUCUCUGGGGGAGUUGAGCUGUAAAGAUGAGGUGAAUGAGGUGGAUGAGGAUGAGGAGGUGGAUGAGGAGGAUAAACAAAAAGAGAAUAACAGUCUCCCCGUCCUCAUCAGCGGAAUCUUCUUUUUGCUCGUCUUGACGACAGUCGUUGGAUGGAGUGCCAUUCCCAAGCAUAGAUAUACCUACAUUACAGACGAUGAAGCUGGACACUAGGCACCGUCAACCUCCUCUCCAAGCAAAGGGCGCACUCAGGCAAAUACCUCGUCGAGCAUCUUGCGCGCCAGAUCAGCGUGUCCCUCCCUCCACUCCGCCUCGGCGAUCGCCCAUUUCACCACGAACCCCUCGUAUAACCCGCCAACCAGAUCGUCGCACAGCUCGUCGGCGUCGUACCCCCCCUGGUUCACAGUCAGGCUGUCUCGCAGCUGCGCGCAGGGCAGGCCUCGCUGCCAAUCUUAUCCUAGAGUAAGUGAAUAUACUACACCAGCAUGAUAAGGCGGUGGUCAGCAGAGAGAGGAAUUCAACCGAUUCCAACGCUUCUGCCAGAGAUUUCCUUCGUCCUGUUUUCUCGCGGAUGAACCGAUGCAGCUGUUGUGUUGGGUUGGAUUGAUGUUAGGGUUAGGGUUAGGGUUUAGGGUUGUGUCUGGUGUUAGGGUUAGGGUUAGGUUAGGGUUGCGCUCAGUCGGAUUACGU